GGCGCCCAAAUCUCCACCACCAUGCUCCUCCUCUUACCAGCCCUCGGUUGGCAAGGAGCCCACCGUCGGAGCGCCCACCAUCGGAGCGCCCACCAUCGGCGGCGAGGUGUCGAACUGCAUGCGCCUUCGCCUCCGAAGGCGCUGCAGGCGGCGCAGGCUGCCUUUCUGAGAACGCUGUGCGGCACCGCUGCAGGCGUGGCGGCCGGGUCGGCUCUGCACGCCGCGUUUCCUGCUCGCGGCCUGAUCGACGGCGCUCUCACCGCUGUCGACGUCUCGGGCGGCGCGCUGCUCGGCGGGACGCUCGGUGUGCUGUGGGCGGCAGAGGCGGCGCUGCUGGGAAGCGGGCUCGUCGCGUCAACGGUGCGCGCCGCGACGGGCGUGCUGGGCGAGGAUCGCGACCGCGCGGCCGGCGAGCGGAUGCUCUCCGACGUGCGGCGCAGCCUAGAGACGCUUCAGCAGGUCGACGGGCCGCAAGGCGCCCUGCUGCGGGCUGCGCUCGACUUGUCCGGCGUGACCUCCGACCCGGGCAUCGCCAAGCUGGCCGAGGCGGCCGAGGCGGCGAGGCGGGACGGCGGCCCGGUCGUGCGAGUCAACGAGCCCGCGCCGCCCGCCGCCGCCGCCGGGCGCGCGGACGAGCAGCAGGGCGUCGGGCUCGGCGGGCUACUCGGGCAGGUGCUCGUCGCGUCGCUCGAGGCGAAGCUGUUCGAGCUCCGAGCGGCCCUCCUCGUCGUGGGAGUCGCACUGGUUGGGAGCGUCGACGCGCUGCUGCUGCUGCUCGACGGGAAGUUGGGUGGAGGCGGCUCGUGAGCGAGAGUUGGCAGUUGCACAUUUCCGCGUCUAGGUUAGGUUCCAUGAUACAGACAGCCUCGAGUUAAUG